AGGAUAGAAAUUUUUGAAACACAGGAAGUGUAGUAGAGGUCGCUGGCGCUGCUGCAGUCAAUACAAUACACGCGUGGGGAUCGUACCUCGCAAAGAUGUUUCGAAGGGAGGAUCAGAGGAGUCGGCGAGUUUUUCUACGUUUGUUGUUGGAUGGGCUGAAAUAGAAACUCUGGGCAACGUUACUUUUUUAAAUUUAAUAUCAUAUAUAAUAAUAUCAUCACUGUCAUUUUCUCAGUAUUACCAUCAAAGUCUUCGGCGAAGCCAGUGACAUGUAUUCUUUCAUUAAAAACAUGCUGGACUAUCAUUUAGAUUUGUAAAUGAGUUCAACCCUUUAAAGCUGUGCUCGUACGGAGUGUGCCCAUAUCUGCAUAGAAUCGACGUCCAGUGGGCAGUGCAGAAAUCACCACUAUGCCUCUGUCAGAGUUUCUGGACGGCCUCAAAGACAACCCGUACUUUGGGGCUGGCUUUGGACUGGUUGGUGUUGGGACAGCCUUGGCAUUAGCCAGGAAAGGUGCCCAGGUGGGGAUGGUGUUUUUCCGUAGGCACUACAUGAUCACACUGGAGGUUCCCAGCAGGGACAAGAGCUACCACUGGCUGCUGAGCUGGAUCACAAAACACGCUAGACACACUCAGCACCUGAGCGUGGAGACCUCCUACCUGGCACACGAGAGUGGACGAGUUCACACUCAGUUUGACUUCCACCCGAGCCCUGGCAACCACAUCAUCUGGUAUGGGAGGAAGUGGAUCAGAAUUGAGAGGACCAGGGAGAAGCAGAUGGUGGACCUGCACACUGGAACCCCAUGGGAGUCCGUUACAUUUACUGCUUUGGGCAGGGACAGACAGCUCUUUUUUAAUAUCUUACAAGAAGCAAGAGAAUUGGCAUUGAAGCAGGAAGAAGGACGGACAGUAAUGUACACAGCAAUGGGGGCUGAGUGGAGGCCCUUCGGGUUUCCACGGCGACGCAGGCCCCUCAGCUCUGUAGUCCUGGAAGCUGGUGUGGCUGAACGAAUCGUUGACGAUGUGAAGGACUUCAUUGGAAACCCAAAGUGGUACACGGACAGAGGUAUCCCCUACAGAAGAGGAUAUCUGUUGUAUGGACCUCCAGGAUGUGGAAAAAGUAGCUUCAUCACAGCUUUGGCAGGAGAGCUGGGCUACAGCAUCUGUCUGAUGAGUCUGAGUGACAGAAGUCUGUCAGACGACCGUCUGAACCACCUCCUGAGUGUGGCCCCACAGCAGAGCAUCAUACUGUUGGAGGACGUGGAUGCAGCCUUCGUCAGCCGAGAGCUGCUUCCCACUGAGAACCCCUUGGCCUACCAGGGCAUGGGAAGACUUACCUUCAGUGGCCUGCUUAAUUCUCUGGAUGGAGUGGCUUCUUCUGAGGCCAGAAUUGUUUUUAUGACCACCAACUUCAUUGACAGGUUGGAUGCAGCACUGAUCCGACCCGGCCGCGUAGACCUGAAGCAGUAUAUCGGACACUGCACACACUGGCAACUCAGCCAGAUGUUUCGACGGUUCUACCCAGACCUGCCUGCUUCUGAAGGAGAGCGGUUUGCAGAGCGUGCGUUAGCCACUCACUCUGAGAUCAGCGCUGCUCAGGUGCAAGGACACUUCCUGCUGCACAAAAUGGACCCUGCAGGAUCUGUAGACAACGUUGGCCAAAUAAAAGGAUAGCAGCACCACAAGUUGUUUAAAGACCAAUAAAUAUUUAAAUAAAGAUAAAUAUCUGUCUGA